AUGACGAGAUCGUAUGUGUACGCCUCAGGACUCGUGGCCUUUGUCGCUGCGACCGCGUUGAAUCUAGCAUCCAUCGCUGUGCCUCGAUGGAUCACAUUCUCGGUCCAUGCUGGCGACGAGAAGAUUGAACGGCAGAUUGGCCUGCACAAGAGCUGUUCGACUCUGGAUUCGCCGCACUGCCGCGACUUCCCGUACAAGGACCUUUGUCUAUAUGAGGACCGAUAUUUCUGUUCGAUGUGGCGGACGGUUGGGUUCCUCGAGUCGUUUACAGCUUUGAUCUGUCUGGCUGGUCUGGCUUGCUUCGUGGUCAUCAUCCGUGGUGGCAAGUACAAACGCGAGACGGGCUGGCCGGUCCCGGCAUUUAUGAUGACCCUGGCGGCUACCCUUCAGCUCGUGGUCAUCUCUAUUGUUGCCUACCUUUACGACCACGACGACCAGUUUUCGGUUCCUGGGUGGCACUUGGAUGCGUCAUGGGCAAUGGCAGUAUCAAGUGCCUCCAUCUGUUUGCUCUCUGCCAUUGGAAUCUCGGCUUCUGCGUACUUGAUUCCACCUGAAGGAGGCUACACAUUCCUUGACGACUCCUUGAACUGA